UUUGGCCAAUGGCUACACACUUAUCUUUCUUUCUCCUUGACAAGCUAGAUAGGCCAUGGCACAAGAAGAAUCAUCAAAAAUUGUUGAAGUUUGUAACAUUGAACCAAUUCAUGAAACAACAGAAUCUUUUCAAUCUCCAACCUCACUUCCACUAACUUUCUUUGAUCUUUUAUGGUUAAGAUUUCCACCUGUUGAAAGACUCUUCUUCUAUGAAUUCACAAAAAACUCAACCAUUUCUUUCUAUGAUUCCAUUCUUCCAAAUCUCAAACACUCACUUUCACUCACACUUCAACAUUUUCUACCUCUUGCUGGUAACAUUAUUUGGCCUAAUGAUUCUUCAAAACCAAUCAUCAACUAUGUUCUUGGUGAUUCUGUUUCCUUCACUGUUGUUGAAUCCAAAGCAAGUUUCAAAGAUCUUUCUUCCAAUCAUUGUGAUGCUUCACAAAGAUAUCACUUGAUACCCCUUUUGAAAACUUCUCAUGAAAAAGCUUCUUUGGUUUCAAUUCAAGUCACUUUGUUUCCAAACUUUGGUUUUUGCAUUGGAAUUACCACUCAUCAUGCUACUUUUGAUGGAAAUUCUUCAACCAUUUUUAUGAAAUCAUGGGCCUAUACAUGUUCUAACCUUAUCCAGACUUUACUUUCGUCUCAACCGAAUUCUGAAUUAGUAGGACUCAUUUCUCCUGAAAAUCAGACACUUAAGACCGAAAAAAAUACAUGUUUUAACUUUGGUCAGACUUUACUUAUCUCUCAGCAAAACUCACAAUCAACAUUAUCAUCUUUAUCAUUACCUAAAGAACUAACACCUUUUUGGGAUAGAUCAGUGAUACAAGAUUCUAAUGGAAUCAGUGAAGCAUUUGUGGAUGCAUGGAUGAAGCAUGGUGGACCAAAUAAUAGAAGUUUAAAGGUGUGGGAUUUUUCUAGUAAAGUGAAAAAUGAUAAAGUUAAAAGGUUGUUUCAAUUAACACCUUCAAAUAUUCAAAAGCUUAAGGAACAUGCACAAAAUGAGAUGAAAAAUAAGGUUCAUUUGUCUACUUUUUCAGUUACAUGUGCUUAUAUGUUGUCAUGUUUAGCAAAAGCAGAACAACCUAAGGUUGAUAAAGUGAUUUUCAUAUUUAGUGUUGAUUGUAGAACAAGAUUGGACCCUCCAAUUUCUCCUAUGUAUUUUGGAAAUUGUAUUGCAGGACAAAAGAUUGUUUUGGAGACAAAAGACUUAGUUGGAAAAAAUGGAUUUUUUGUUGCUUUGGAAGGGAUUAAUGAAAGUUUGAAGAGAGUUAAAGAUGGUGAAGUUUUGAAUGGAGCAAAAAAUUGGCUUUCUUAUAUAUUAGAAGGAAGUGAAAGUACUAAAAUUUAUUCUAUUGCUGGAUCACCAAGGUUUGAAGUUUAUGGUAUUGAUUUUGGAUUUGGAAAACCUAAAAAAGUGGAUAUGACAUCAAUUGAUAAAACAGGAGCAUUUUCUCUUUCUGAAAGAAAUGAUGACAAUGGGGGAAUUGAGAUUGGAUUGGCUUUGAGUAAUCAACAGAUUCAAGAUUUUUCUACUCUUUUUGUUCAAGGACUUGAAUCCAUUUAAAGUUUGAAACUUUGCUACUAGUUUGAGGGAAGUAAAUUUCUUUUUUAAUAUGUUUCUUGCCAUUUGUGUUUGGGAGAAAACUUUCUUUUGUAGUUUCAAUAAAUGAAAAAUUGCUAGAAUUAGUCUAUUACCUUGAAAUUAAUAGUGUUAUUUUUCUGCUAGUAGUUAUAUCAGUCAAUCCUUUUUAAUUUAAUUAGAAUAAGAAUGUGGAAGAUCAAAUAAUUGUCUAAAAAAUUAUUUAUGUUUAAGAUCAACAUAUAUAUAAAGAAGGUGGAAGGACUCAA